AAAGAAAGGCAAAAACAAAUUUUUGGAAUGGUAUGGUUGAUCAAAACAUGCGAAUCAGCACCAACUGCUGUUGUUCCAAGAAAUAGAAUAUAUGCUAGAUAUGUGACUAUCUGUGCUGACAAUGCUGUUAAACCAUUAUCACCUGCUUCUUUUGGAAAAUUAGUUAGAAUCAUUUUUCCUAAUAUAACAACAAGAAGAUUGGGAGUUAGAGGCCAGAGUAAAUAUCAUUAUUGUGGUAUUAGAUUAAUGAACGUUCACUCAAAUGGAAGCUUAGGAAGCUUCGGCAGUAUGUCAAGCAUUAGUAAUGCCACAACACCAAUUUUCUCUGGUGCUUCUUCUUGUUAUAACAAUUCUGUUCCGGCCAGUCCUACUGGGUUUAAUUUAGCGUCACAAUCACAAAAUACUACUCCACUAACCUACAAUAAGGAUGGAUCAAUUGAUAUUUUCAAUGAAUUGUCUCAUGAAAAUUUAAAUGAUGACUUUUCAAAUGAACUCAAUUUAAAUGACUCGGGUUUUGACUAUAUAGGUGUCAACCACCAAGAAUUGAAAUUGAAGUUUUCUUCUAGCUUACUUCAGGGACUAAUUGAUAAUACAAACAUUGUCAACUUCAAUACGCCUCUAGUUUUACCAUCUUUGUACCCUUAUUUACCCAAAAAUGUGGACUAUGAUAUUGCUGAUACUUUAUAUUCAUUGUAUAGAACUCACUGCACAGCAAUGUUUGAAUCAUUAAGGUACAUGCAAUUGAAAAAGUUAUAUGGAUUAUUAAGUUCAUUCCAUGGGUCAUUAACUGCACCUGUAUUCAAGCUAUAUAUUUCAGAACCCAUAGUCUCUUGGGUUGAACAAUGUGAUAUUAUUAUGUAUAAAAAUAUUAUAAGAAUGCUUGCCAGAUUGGUUUUGCAAAAUAUUCCUGAAGACAUAUUGGAUCAAUUAAGGCUUAUGACAGGUGCAUAUCCUGAUAAACUACUAACAACCAUCCAUAACUUACCAUACAAAUUUAUUAUAAAAAAAUUAGUUCCUGCGAAAAAAUUUUGUUUUUUGAUUUCCAGGCUAAUCAGAGCAUCAGAAACCGCAAAAUCAGCAAGCAAAAUAUUAAUGAACCAAGAGGACCGGAACUCUAUGCUUGAUAAUUGGUCUAAUUUGGUUAAUUAUAAGCAAAUUGUUGAAAGCGAACUACCUUGUGGCGAAUUAAACAUUAAUAGGUGCAUUGAGGUGUUGAAAGUUGAAAUACCAAAGCUAUUGACAUUCACAGAAGAUGACAAGAAUAAAAUGAAGGAAGAAAAUGAUAGAAACAGCAGUAACCAGCCAGAGACCUCAAAUUGCGAACGAAAUGGGAAAAUUCCACCAAGAUUAUUUUUAUUGUGUAUGAGCACUAUAGUUACCAGUUGUUUGAAAGAUAUAUCAUUAGCAGGGGGAACCGGUUUUGGAGCUUGGUGGGUUGUUCGAUGCUGGAUUGAUGAAUGGAUGAGGUGGUAUUCCGAGCUUUCUGGGUUUCUUUUA